AUGACAGAGCUACAAAACAAAACCUUCACACUGAACACAGGUGCCAAAAUCCCAGCAAUUGGCUUUGGGACAUGGAAGGCCGGCCCAGGUGAGGCGGCUGCUGCUGUCAGAGCCGCCUUUGAAGCUGGUUAUAGGCAUUUUGUAUACGGCAAUGAAGCUGAAAUCGGCGAGAUAUUCAAGACAGCCCAGAUUCCCAGGGAGGACUACUUCGUGACUACCAAGCUUUGGUCCUCCGACCACCAUCGAAUCACCUCUGCCUUGCAAAAAUCCCUCGACGAUCUUGGACUUGACUACGUCGAUCUCUACCUGAUGCAUUGGCCAGUCACUCUCCCGACCGCAUCUCCAGAAACAUACGGCAAAGAAGACCGCACGGUACAUGACCCAGACUGGGAUUUCACUGAUACCUGGCGGGAGAUGGAAAAGCUUCUGGAUACAGGCAAGGUCCGAGCGAUUGGUGUGGCGAACUUUUCAACAGUGAAUCUUGAGAAGCUCCUGCAAACUUGCAACAUUCCACCCGCUGUCAACCAGACAGAAAUCCAGCCACUGCUCCCCCAGAAGCGAUUGAAUGCCCUCUGCACCCAGCAAGGCGUGCACCAAACGGCAUUUGGACCUCUUGGUGGAAGUGGUAGUACUUUGCAUGAGAACCCCAUUGUGAACGAGAUUGCGAACAAGAGAGGGUGCAGCUCCGGGAAUGUGUUACUCAGCUGGGGGGUGAGAAAGGGGCGGAGUGUCAUUCCGAAGAGUGUGAAUGUUGCUCGAAUUGAAGGAAACCUGAACAAAUGCUUUGUGAUGAGUGAUGAGGAAGUUGCGCAAAUUGAUGGAUUGGUAGAAACGCUUGGAGCCAAGCGAUUCAAUCGCCCUAACUGGGGCACUACUAUUUUCCAUGACGACGAGGCAGAGAAUGUGAAAUAA